AAUGCUCUACACUGAUAUCUUUGAAGAGUGUGAAGGACAUUCAUGAAACAGAAUUUAAAAGACCUUUUUGUAAUUAAGGAAAAUCCAUUUUGUACAAAAUCAACUUACAAAGGAUGCAUUUUCUUAGUAUUGACGGAAACGUUCCAAAAGGCACGACGUUUUCUUUAAAGGCAUGGACACGAAUCACUAUCAACCGGAGGAUGAUUUUAUCGAGCUCGUCCAACGCAGCUCGUACUGGUUGCGGACAAUGGCCACUACGAUGGGUGUCUGGCCUGGCCAGUACGUUACGAUACGCAACCAAUGGUACAGACGGUUGUACUACUUUAUGCUGCUGAUGCAUUGGCUCAACAUCUAUCUGCAAACGGAGUUCUUCUUUCGCAACUUGGGCAACUUAAGUUUGGUCGUACAGGGUCUCUGUAGCUUUGUCAGCAUCACGACAACCGGCAUUAAGGUGAUGCGCCUGCAUGCCUACGAAGAAGAGAUUAAGCAGCUUUGGCAGGCACUGGAAGAUGCCACCUUUCUCAAGAAGAUAAGAUUUUUGCGCAAAACGGACAGGGGAACGGUUUUUGCCCACAUUCACAAGCUGCUGUUGGGACAGUGGAAGGAAGUGCAGCUGAAUUUACGCUUCUACACACUGGUGGUUGGGCUGGUGGCUUCUAACUAUUCGAUCAUACCGGCCUGCAGCAAUCUGUACAACCAAUUCCAGGGUAAUGCGUACAACAGGAGCUUCGGUACGAUCGUGAUCUUUUCCUUAAAGAAAUCUUCCAUCACAGUAAAACUCUUCUGUUUUGAUAUAGUUUACAACACAUAUUAUCCAUUUCUUGAGCCAAUCAAACGGCGCUCACCACUGUUUGAGUUGCUGUUCUGUUCGGAAUCCUUGUCCGGCUAUACGACCUGGGCCGGCGUAGUUGCGUUCGAUGGGUUGUACGUCGUGAUGGUACUGUACGCCGCGUCGCUAAUGCGUUUGUUGAGAGAUUUAAUGCAUGAAACGGCGAACCCGGACCUUACCCACACUGAACGAGCGUUCUUUCAGCGGGAAUGUAUAUUGCACCACAUACGGACGAUGCAGUUAAGUAGCUUAUUUCUAACCUUCCUCACUAGAUGGCGUUCGGUAGCUAAUCGUUGCCUAUGUUCUUGUAGAUUAAUUGAAAGGAUUAACGAGAUAUUCUCACCAGUUCUGCUGGUGCAAUUGUUCACCAGUACUUCGAUCAUCUGUGUUAUUGCGUUUGCGGCCAGUAUGCAUGCGGAUGAGGGCGAUUCACAAACGAUGUUGAUGGUGCUCUACCUGAUAGCGGCUAUCUACCAGCUGUUCCAGUUCUGCUGGUACGGACAGCGGCUCCAGAACGAGAGUACCGAGCUUCCUUUAUCGGUGUAUGACGUACAGUGGGAACUUUGUGCAGAACGUUUCAAGAGCACGCAUCACAUCCUGUUGCUGUACAGCCAGCGGCAGAUCGAUAUGCGUGCCUGGAGCUUUUCCGCGAUGUCGCUCGAAACAUUCUCCACGAUAAUCCGAAGUGCCGCAUCCUAUUUCACCGUACUGCAGACGUUAGCUGAGGAGUAGGUCGAACAUCGCCGCAGUGCGCUGCGUGUCGAGCCCCUUUCACGGUUCGGUACGCCAUAUCAAACACUGGUUUGAUGCAGAUAUUGGGGGUAUUCUAGCGUGUCGGUACAAAGUGCAGCCACACCGAACGGUGGCUCAAUCGAUAAGCUACCGGUGUAACGAUCAACAUCACGCGCUUUGGUAGCAGAGGUCGCUUCAUUGUGGGAUAAUUUGUCGAAGGCUGCCUGGUACAUACUUUCGCUUUCUUAUCACUGGCAAACUCAUCCAAAACGAUAGGUACCCACACACACACGCCCGCUUAUACUGAGCACAGCAAUUAGCCAGUUCCGAUUGUGUAGAACAAGAGUAGCAAAAUGAUAUACGUUGGUCUGAUAAUGGAAUGGAGCUUGGAUUUCAGGAUCAUACGCUUCCGAUAGCUCCCCAGGAUAGGACAGGUGCACACUGUCCGAAGGGGACUCGGAAAGGGUUUUGGCGGAAAAAAGUGGAACAGGAGAAGACCCUUAUUUGCAGGUCACUUUAAUUAACAAUAACAUUAAGCCGGUAAGAUCUUAAACGGGUCCGCUGAUACAUUACCGUGCGUUCGAUCGAUUCGAAGCUAUCUCUGCAGUGACCGUGCGGGAACUGUGAUUGGUUUUGCCGUGACGCACAGUAUCGAUGACGCACGACGUUUGUCCAUUUCGCGGCAGUGCAUCAGUGAAACACCUUAUUACAAGCUAGUUGCUCAAUUAAAUGGUCCCGGCCCGUUCAUGCAUUUGCUUUUUAAUAAGGGACUAUGUUUCGUGCACGAGAAAGUUUAAUAAAAUGUGCUCCACUUUGGGUGUGUGAUUUGUUUGCCGCACGUUGUUUAAUCGAUCGUUAACGGUUUGUCUUUGAGCGUUUUUGUAAGAGCAAUACCAAAUUUAAGCUGUAAUACGGAUUAGUUUGUUUAAUCUAUCUACAUGUAUUAAUAAUCUAUUUAACAAGAAUUUCCGGGGGCGGUACGGUGGUG